AUGGCCGAUAAAGGCGCCCACCCAGGCGUGAAGAGCCUUCUCGCAAGGUUCGAAAACAAUCAGCAAAACAACGUCACUCCUCCCGCGCGAGAUCGAUCUCCCGCCGGCUCCGAGAACCUGUCUAAGGUGCGCGCAAGCUUUGUCCCUGUCGAAGGAGGGACCCCGUCCAGUCCCGUCCUAGGCUUCCGCCGUGUGAGUCCGCAUAGUGAGGGCGCUUCUAGUCCGUCUAGGGUCAAGAGCGUCAGCUCCGAAGAUCUUGAUAGCAGCGUUAAGAGUCACGAAUCCUCCGCGCAGGCGACGAAUGGCUUAGGUAGCCUGCAGAAAGCGAGCGGACUGGAAAAGAAAGACAUCGUCCAGAAUCUAGCUGAGGCUAAAGAGAAGGAAAAAGCUGAGGAGGUGUCGUCCGCAAACAAGGAAAUACAGCCAGCGCCUAAGUCGCCCACGGCCGCACCUGCAAAACCAGCGGAGACAGCCUCGAAGAUAUCGUCAAAUGUGCAAGCCGGAAAGACUACCUCGACUACAAAGUCUGCCUCGCAAGCCCCAACCAAGACUUCCACUCAAUCUCGCACAUCAGCUUCCGCUACCAAGCCCGACAGUGAGAAAACUAGGACCCGCGCUUCUAGGCCGUCUACAACUACAGCCACAAGUGCAAAGAACGACUCACUGAAAACCGCUGCCCACAAGCCUAGUCGGGCAUCACUUGCCACAGCCAACAAGCCGCCGACAAGGCCGGCGCCUCGUGAGACUGCUAGGGCAGCGGUUCGCUCUAGCGAAGUUCGAUCGUCAUCAACAGCUAGGUCAGCUCGCCCUACCACAUCCACAACAUCCACAGCGAGAUCAGGCACUGCGGGAGCAGCCACGUCUACUCUUUCACGCAAGCCGUCUAGCUUGAAGAGUGCAACGGGAGCUCGUCAAGGUGCGAAUACCCCCACUGUCUCGACUGUCCGCAAACCGGCCUCGCGGUCCCCUCCAUCAGGGAAUGAACGCUCUCAUUCUCGAGCGAGCACAGCCUCCAGACCAAUCGAUGAAGGGUUUCUAGCAAGGAUGAUGCGUCCAACAGCAAGUUCGGCCAGCAAAGCACACGAGAAGCUGGACGUCAAGAGUCCCCCUCGAACGAAAGUUGCUCGCGCCCCAAGAAGAAUACCAUCUACUCGAUCGACGCAGUCGGCAAGAGAUAAGGUUGGAUCUAAAAAGCCCUCUGAAGUUGAACAACAGCCUGCCGUUGAACCCGCUGAGGUGCAGGUCGCGAGAGAUCGAAAGAAUGAAUCCGUGCAGCAGGCUGUGGAGGAUACUGUCUCCGAGCUUCCGGUCGAGCCACCAGCACAGCCUACUGAGGCUGUCGUUGUCGAGGAGAAGCCAAACGAAGCUACAGCCGAGCCACCUGUCGAAUCAGCCACUGAGGCUGUUGUUGAGCCUACUCAGCCUCUGGUUGAGGACGCUCACAGUCAGCCCAACGAAUCGGAUGCGGCGGUCGCCGAGCCUGUAACUUCUGUAGAAGAGCAAGCUGAGUCCACGACCGUUACUAAGCCGACACCAGAAGUUGCCGAGGAAAAGGUUCUGGCUCCAGCUGCGGAGAUAGUUGAGAAGCCAAGCGAAAAACCUAAUUCCAAUGAUAUCGAAUCUGUUCACGCUGCCGAGUCGACCGCAACUGAUGCAGCUGCUGUUUCCCAGGAGAACAAGCUCGAUACCACUAGCAAAGCCCCUCUGAAAGCUAACCAGCCUGACGUGGAUGAUAUUGACCUCAGCAAAUGGUCGCUAAAUGACGAGGAUGAUACCUUCUAGACCGCGUUCCUUUAAGUCUUUACAAACCAUCCCAAAACUCGCGGUCGCCGUUUCGAUUCUUGUGUUAUAUUUGUUAUACCCUUCUCACGUCCAUGUUGCAGAGGCCAACCCUCCGCACAGCUUUGUUUAGUCAUUUAUUUGCAUCUCUCCCUGCCGUGGAUGAGUCACGCUUAUGCCAUCGUGUAGC